AUAGGGACAAGGUAUAGUUUAGUAGUUGCAGGAUGCUUGGGUUCCCUAGCACUCUGUCAGCCCCUCCCUGCCCCAACCCUGUCCUCCCUCUUGGUACAGCUAACGUGGCUAUUGUCCAUAAGAGGAGCACCUUUGUGGUCCGAGGAAAUACCACUGUCUGGAAACUGUGCUCUGAAUCCCUAGCCUUCCACUGAGCCACCUGCAACCCAGCAGGGUAUGACCUUGGCUCCCAGCCUGACUCAGCUGAGCCUAGAUCCUACAUGUAGGCCAGAGCUCACUCUGAGCCCUGGCUCCCCAAAGCUGACCCCUACCCUAGACCAUGCACACCAGAUAGAGCUGAUCUUGAGUACCAGCCCAGCCGAGCUGACUCUGGAUCCUGCAUGCCAGCCAGAGUUGACCCUGAGAUCCACAUGCCAUCCAGAGAUGACCCUCAGUCCUGGCUCCACUGAGCUGACCCUGGAUCCCGCACACCAGCCAGAGGAGACCCCAGCUCCCAACCUGGCUGAACUGACCCUGGAGCCUGUGCACUGCCGACCCGAGCUCCUGGAUGCCUGUGCUGACCUCAUCAAUGAGCAGUGGCCCCGAAGCCGAGCCUCCCGCCUGCACUCCCUGGGCCAGUCCUCAGAUGCCUUCCCCCUCUGCCUGAUGCUGCUGAGCCCCCGCCCCACACCCGAGUCACUCCCCAUUGUGGUGGUCAUGCCCCGCUUAUCACGGGUGCUGGACCGGCCCCAGAGCCUCCUGGUGGAGACAGUGGUGGUGGCCCGGGCUCUGAGGGGCCGUGGCUUUGGCCGCCGUCUUAUGGAGGGCCUGGAGGUUUUUGCUCAGGCCCGGGGCUUCCGCCGGCUGCACCUCACCACCCACGACCAGCUGCAGUUCUAUGCCCACCUGGGCUACCAGCUGGGUGAGCCUGUGCAGGGCCUGGUCUUCACCAGCCGACGGCUGCCUGCCACCCUGCUCAAGGCCUUCCCCAGAGCACCCCCUCCCCGGCCGCCCUACAAGCCUCCUAGUCUAACUGCCCAGACUGCCCCAAGAGCCCCCAAGGGGCCGGCACUGCCACCACCCCCUCCCCUGCCUGAGCCUUUGACCACCUCACCCCCAUCUCCUGCAAUGCCCCCUCCACGAAGUCUGCUGGAAACGCAGUACCAAGACCUGAGAGGAUGCCCCAUAUUCUGGAUGGAAAAGGACAUCUGAGGCUACCCACGGGAAAGCACUGUCCUUCAGGGUCGAUGGACUGCUUAGGACAGUACCAGCGUCAGCCCAUUGGCCGUAGCUCAGUCCCUAGAACCUGGAAGCUGCUUGUUUCCUGAGCAGCAGCGGGGCUGGGAGAGGCUCCACAGCUGGGGCUCUGAGCUGUCAGUGUGGCUGAAUAAAGGCUUCUGAUGGGUGC